AUGUCUGAUAUUUGGUCGCCUCUUGGCAACGAACGGCUAAGCCUUCGGCUCCAGCUGGAGCAGAUGCUGAAGUCAGGUACCCCUGAGUCCGAUUGUGCAUCAAGCCCGCCCGGGUCGGUUGUAGAUUCUAUACAUGGUGACGAUCUGGUUCCUUUUGAGAAUGACCCAGCCGAAGGCGAGGCGCCGCUGGCAAAUGAGAGCGAUGUUGAAGCUGAUGAAGAUUGGGCGGCGCAAAUGAUGGACACGGAAAAUGUUAUCGAAGAGGAUCAGCAAGUGAAUGUCCAAUCCGUCUCUGGACCUGCAGAAGAUCCAAGCGCGCUAGCUCUUAGUGCGUGUCACGACUUGAAUAUUCGAGUGAAAAUUACGGAAGAACGCUGCAGCGGCCAGAAAAGCUGGAACGCUGAGAUGCAGUCCAGCGUGGACAGUCAACGGUUUCGACUGGCUGAGGUUGAGAAGAAGCUUACAGAAGCUGAGACCGCUCUGGCAGACUUGAUGAGCAGAGUGGCGGUUCUGGAAGGAAAGACAGACGAGUCCGGAGAGGGCACGGGCAAAGUCAACCCGAAGAGGGGUCGCAAGCAAUCGUCUCUCAAGCGUCAGAUGCCUUGA